AUGACAGACCACGAGCUCGAGACGUCUGACGUGUCGUCGCUCCCUGACGAUACGUUGCCGCUGCUGGACGAAGGCAGUCGGAGACCUCGAGACAGUAUUCACGCCGCGCUGCUGGAAGACCGGACACCGGAGAUCCUCUUUCUUGAGGACGCAAUUGGCGACACGGAUUCCGAGCACGAAGAAGAAGACGAAGAAGAAGCAACAGGAGAAGGAAACGACGCGGACAAUGGGUCGACCGCUGAUUCGCUCGUUUUCGGGCUCGACGACGACAAACUCGUGAUGUUCAGGUCCACGGGACGCGUGAGCUCGAAGGAAAAAUGGGGUCAUGAGCCACUGGCGACGGGCGUUGAGAUGCAUAGUGUGGCGAUUGACAUGUCGGAUGGACUGAUUGUCAAAGUGGAAGGCUGCUAUGCUCCAGGGAAGCCACGGGAGCAGAAGGGACGACAGCACUUUGUGCUGCACGAGCACGAGGUCAUUGUCAAAGUCUACUUGUUCCGGAUCCGUCGCGAGAUUCACGCGAUUCAGUUUGUAACGGACGAGCGCACAUCGGACCGUUAUGGCGACACAAAGCGCGGAGAGCUGUGCAAAGCUGUCGAGGCGCCCGAAGGCAAGUUCAUUGCGAGCUUUUUCGGCGACAUUUCACGUGGAGAGGAGGACAUUGACCUCGGGUUUCGGUUCGCCGAGCGACCAGCAGAUAAAGAGACAGUGGAAGCAGACGUCGACGUUGCGGAGAUUGAUCAUGUGACGGUAGCUCAGGGCGAGACGGUCUAG